AGCUUCUUCUCUCAUUCUCUGUCUCUUUCUUUUCACGAGGGGAUAAACCCAGAAAUAUGCUCUUAAAUUUGAAUUUGGACAAAUAUUUAACGGAUAUUCCCGUACUGCCCCUCCGAAUAUUCUCCCCUUUCCGCUUAUAUUACCGUCUUCUUCCUCUUCCUCGAUCUUCCUCUUCCAUUUUCCUUCCACCAUUCCCAUUGCUUUACUCACUCACCCUCACCAUUUUCUUCCUAACCACUUUCCAUUUCCGGAGAUAUGAAAUUCGGGAAGAGUCUCAGCAACCAGAUCGAAGAGACCUUGCCGGAAUGGCGGGAUAAGUUCCUCUCUUACAAGGAGCUCAAGAAGAAGCUCAAACUUGUGCAGCCGAAGUCCGGCGACUCUAACAGACCUUUCAAGAAGCCUAGGCUUGAUGCUGAGGACGAUGCCGAUGCCGAUACCGAUGCGGAUGCUGUCUCCAAUGAGGUCGUUGAUUUCAUCACUCUCUUGGAGAAGGAGCUCGAGAAAUUCAAUUCGUUCUUCGUUGAGAAGGAGGAGGAAUAUAUCAUCAGAUUGAAGGAAUUACAAGAUAGAGUAGCUAAAGCGAAAUACUUUGAUGAAGAGUUGACACAAAUUCGUAAAGAGAUUGUUGACUUUCACGGCGAGAUGGUUUUAUUGGAGAAUUACAGUGCUCUUAACUAUACAGGCCUGGCCAAAAUCCUCAAGAAAUAUGACAAAAGAACUGGUGCACUUAUUCGCCUACCCUUUAUACAGAAGGUACUGCAACAGCCUUUCUUUACCACAGACCUACUCUUUAAGCUUGUCAAAGAGUGUGAGGCUAUGCUGGACCGCCUCUUCCCUGCAAACGAACAGCCUGCCUUGGCUGAGGCAGCUGUUGGUGAUGAAGGCUGUGCUCCUAGAGCAUCUGCCACCGCCACCUCGAACAGCGAUGGGCUUCCUGGGAUGCCCAAGGAACUCGCAGAGAUCGAACAGAUGGAGAGCGUGUACAUGAAGGGCACGCUAUCAGCCUUGCGAGUUCUAAAAGAAAUUCGAAGUGGAAGCUCAACUGUUAGUGAAUUUUCAUUGCCACCAUUACAGAUAAAUGGAGUAGACGGCACAUGGAAAAAGGUUCCCGUGUUGGAACAGGAAGCCAUAGCCAAGUAGAAUUUGGCUUUCAGAAUAUAACAUCACCUUAUUCCAUUAGUUUUACGACGGCAUCUUGUAAGAACGAAUUAGAUACUCAAACAUGUAAAAUCCUAAAUAUAAACCCAAAAAGUGUUACAAGUAGAAAGCCAAUGUUUUUCAUGUU